CCUUGCCUCCUCUCGACUGCCUUCCAUUGUUGAAGACGUUUCACGAUGUUAGAGCGGCCACUUGAGUAUCUGGUCAAUAUGGAUCAUCUUUGGUUCCUUCCUCAUGUGUGGAUGAUUGAGGUCUGCGCUGCAGCUCGUUUGGAUGUUUUCUUUCGCGGCUGUGCACAUAAUGAUAUUUAGCGAAAUUAUUUCAGUCGUAACGAAGCAUGAUUUGUCAACGCAAUGUUGCAAAUGAUGGGGCGUCGUUACAAAAGUUCAUAACAAAGCUGCAAAACAUCAACUAGCAGGCUGCCAGUAGCUAGCAAUGCUAACUAGCUAGCUGGUAACAUUACCGUUAGCAUUUUUCACAAGCGUGUUUUAUCUAAUGUUACAUUCGAGUUAAAUAUAGUGAUAUGGCACAUAGGAAAGUAGUAUUCCAGUCUAAAGUUCUUCAGAGGCUGUACCCCUUACCUCCCAAGCUUGAGAAAGAACCCAGCUCUUCACCCCCCGAGUUUGUUCUCGACAAGUCCUCUGUGAAACAGAAAGUAGACCUAGAGGAGUGCACUAUCACUGGAGAUGGAGGGAUAAUACCAUCCUCGACCCAGCCAGGCAGACGAAUGUACACAGUCAUAGCUCCCCCUGCAGAAUACAAGAUGGGUGCAGAGGGAUCUGUCACGCUCUCUCAGCCAGCAUACAUAAAUACUGUGCAAGACCCAGCUGAUGAGAACACUCAUGAGUCUGAAGGAGAAGGAGAAAGACAACGACUGAGAAGAAGAAGAAAGAGGAAGGGAAAAACAGCUCCAGAAGGAGGGACAGUCACAGGACAGGCUACAGACUCCAACCCUGGGGAUCCAACCAUGGCUCCGACCCCCACGGAGGAGAAAGGAGAGCGGCUUAGCAAGAACAAGAGGAGGAAGCUAAAGAAGAAACGCCACAAAGAAAAGCUCCUGUCUCUGGGUCUGAUGCCCCGCGCUGCAGCUCUGGAGUUCACCUACCAGAGAGAGGGGAAUGGGGAGGAGGAGGAUGAAGAGAUGAGGCAGAGAAGAGCAGCUGAAGUGAUGGACUUCCUAAGGACCACACAGGAGAUCUACGUGUCUGAUCGCUCAUUGCCUGCGGACAGGCUCCGUGUGUCCUCAGGGGUAGUGGAGGGCCUUCUGACCAGCCUGUCCAAUGGAACAUUCCCCCCUCCUGUUUUGGCCCACCUCCACAGCCUCAAGUCCCUGGUGCAGCAACAGGACAUGGAGAGGCUUGCCAAGGCUCUGCAAGAGCUCCAGAACAGCUCUACCAUGUCUCCUAGUGAGGCCACUGCAGUUGUGUCCUUAUUUCAGUACUGGAUCACAGACAUCCUGCCCCUGCAGAGACUGGAAGUCAGGCCAACCAACAACACAACCUUCCUAGUUGAACCAACCAACAACACAGCUUAGACUUUCCUAGGCGUUCAAGGUUUUAAACAAUACUACUGAUGGAAAAUGUAUCUGAAUCAUACAUUGUGUGCCCACAACCACAACUGUUUGAUUAGACCACUGCAUAAAAAUGUUCUUAAAGGUGCUACCUGUCAUGACGUUGCCCUCUUUGGGCACAGCAAGCCCAUCCCCCUCUCCCUGCCUCCUUCAACUAGGCUGCUGUGGUCAGAGAGAGGUGGUAAAUUCCUGAAGUCCCUGCCUCAUGGCCACAGUAUAAGAGACAGAGUGAAUUUUCAUAGAGAACAGAGGAAUUUCUUCCACCUCACAGAACUUGAGGUCUGAAACAAAUUUCAUGUUCUGGACAAGGUAUAAAAGAUCGGUGAAGAUUCCAGUUACGAACUAGUCCGUUUGUUACAUUUUGGGGAAGCUCAUGGGAGACGGUGUGGCCACAUUGCCAUAACGCUCUUUAUAGAAUAGCCUCAGAUAUGAGGUUUUACAUCUAAUUGUUGUAUAAGAUGAAUGAGUGAGUAUGAUACUGUUUGUAAAAUUGUGUGAUGUGAUUUUGGACUGUUUAAUGAAGGAAACUCCAAUUCCCUUUUGAGUUUAACUAAAUCUGAGGACUUCCCCUGAGCCCAGUUAGGGUCAGGCAUCCUGGGGCAGCUCUUUUCUGCAAUUUCAAAUAAAACCCAACUUUGAGAAAUUAUCACCAGACCAUGUUUUCCUCCAUUACGAGGGUACAAAGGUUGUAGACCAUUGCUGAAUCUUUUAACCAUACCACGUGGUUAAACUCUGACUAUCGAUACCAACAGAAUAAGAACAAGUCUUUAUUAAUUACUAGCCUGCAGCUAGGAAUUCUUCGAUAUAUAUUGAUUGCAAUUGUUCCCGAAUGAGUGAGCGUUCAUGUGCAAAGGAUUAGCAUUUCAAUUGUUAUAAUGAUCAACUCUGUGGUGACUUCUCAGCUGACUCCCCGUUUUGUCCACCAAGCCGCGAUGCUGGUUUAGCCCACUAGGGCACAUUCCCUUAUCAUUUCUUGUAAUCAUAUUGACUUUGUUUGUUUAUGCAUUUCUGACUUAGUUAGUAAUAAAUCAUUUUUUUAAGACAA